CUGCCCCAUUGAAUAAGGGCCCGUCCCGCGUCUUCCUCUAUUCCUUCUCGCCCUUGGUCAAUUCGAAUAUGGCGUUGUACUAAUAAUGCGCAUGGUCGCUGUGCAGUGGAUGUCGUUCAUAGGUCAUUGCGAAAUCUUGAUAGGCUUAGGCCUCAAGGAGAGGUCUCCCUUGGAUUAGUUGCAGCUUCCCGCCUGGAUACAUUAGGCUAGGCUACUAAAAUGCUGUUCAUACGGUGGACAGCAUUGUUUUUCCUUGGGGUUGCAUUAGGGAAGCAUCACAAGAAACAGCAAGAUUCUGAGUCUGAUUUCGUCUUCGAUGAGACUGAUGCUGGUGCAUCUCCUGGACGAACCUGGAUUUAUGAUCCAAACAAUGACUUAUGUCAGGCACUUAAGUGUCAUCGGAAGGAGAUGUGCCUCCUUGAAGAUGAGUUCACUGCUGUGUGUGUGAAUCGGAAGGACAUCAAGAAAAAUGGAGAUAGAGUUAUUUGGAAGGAGGAUAUGGAUAGUCUCCAGAAGGAUGAUGAUGAUGAUGAUACAGAAGAAACUUCAACAUUCCAGCAAGCAACUGACAACAAGGAAAAGUGUCCACCUUGCCCAAUUGUGCGGCCAGACUUCAUCUGUGGAAGUGACAAUCAUACCUACAGCUCUGAGUGCCGAAUGAAGCGUCACAAUUGUAUCCACAGCACCAACAUCCAAGUCGCUUGCAAGGGUUUUUGCCCCUGCAAAGAAUCAGACAUCAUUGCCAUGGAUGAGGCUAAGCGCAGAGCAAAGUAUGAUCGCUGGAUGAAGAAGUAUAAGGCCAGUCUCUAUGAUGCUGGUACUCGCAAGGAUGACAGCAAAUACUUCCAGGAAGUAGCAGAAAAGAAAGCAGAACGAGAUAAGCAGAAUGCAGUUGAAACAAACAUGGUUGUCAAUGUGGGAACAGUUAAAGACUGUGGGAAGAAGGCCCUAGAAAUAAUGGGGAACCGUCUCUUGGACUGGUUUGUGGUUCUGCAAGAGGAUGAGCGAAAGCAGGAGAAUCUCAGUAAGGAGGUCAUGAUUCCCAAUGAAGACUACUUUCCAUCCUACUGUCGCAAGGAGGUCAAGUGGAUGUUCCGGCACCUGGAUGACAACAAGGACCAAAUGCUCUCUGUCAAGGAACUCUAUGACCUGGAACACAAUCAGAAUGAGCCUUGCCUCCGUCCCUAUCUUGACAGAUGUGACCUCAACAAGGACAUCUUCAUCUCUGCAAAGGAAUGGUGCAAGUGUUUCCAUCGAGCUGAUCGCCCCUGCCAUGCCACCCGUGAUCGUAUUCCCCAGCAUAUGAUCGGUGGUUACAUGCCACUAUGUGAUGAGGAUGGAUAUUAUCAACCAUUGCAAUGUCAUGCUUCAACUGGUUACUGCUGGUGUGUGGAUCGACAUGGCCUUGAGGUCCCCUUAACUCGUUCCCAUUCCACAACAUCUUGUGACUCAGCCCAACAUUCGAGGCAGUCUGGAGAGGAUGAUGAGUCCAAUGAAGCAGUCCAGGAGGGUAGUGGAUAUGAUGACUUGGAGAUCUAAACAGCCAAUAUCUUUUGAUGAGUCUCCCAAGUGUAUUCGGGAUGAAGUGACACACACCUUUGUAUUCCGUACCAUAAUUGUAUGUGUUUCCUCUUGUGACUGUGUCCGUUGUUCACUUGCACAAAGGCGUAAACAUCUCUUUCUUAGGUCCUCAUAUAUAUAUAGCAAUAUUAGGGAGAAAAAAAAAAGAAAUUCAUCUCUUUCACAUAAUAGGACAGAUACUUUUAUACUCAUGGUUUCCCUUUUCCUAUGAUGUAACCUACCUAAAAUGAGGACAUAGGCAGCUAUAAUGUGUUGUGAUUGUUUUUGCUUUGCAAGGUGAACCUAGUUUAGUUUCUCCAUGUUUUAUGCUUGGUACAAAGUUUCUCGUGAUAGAGAUCUAGAGCUGCGUUUGGCAGGUACAUUCCGUUUUGCAUGGACUUCAUGCUAAUGUGUAAUAUUUGUUGACUGUAUACUCAUUCAGUACAUAUACUAAUGCUUUAUCUUAACAUUCCAACACUGCUACAAUCAAAAUUGAAUUAUUAUUCUUCACAGAUUUGCAUAAGGCCAUUAAACUUGACAGCAUGUUAUGCUAUCUGCUUGUUGUGGAAAGGUGAUAAGGUGAUGAACCAGUGCCAUAGAGAUGAGCUUGCCCACUCGAAGACAAGGAGAGGAAGAAUACUCUAUUUAUCAGACUUAUGAUUGUUUGUAGAUUCCUAUUGCAGUUCUUAUCAGUAUUGUCAGGGAAGAACUUUAAUCUGUGAGACAGUCAUGUUGCCAUGUUUGGAGACCAUGACAAAUAUGCACAAUUUUUUUCCUCCUUUGAAUUCAUUCAAUAAAAUAGGGCUAGAACCCAAUUGCUAUUUCAUUGAAAAUGGUUCUCAUGACAUUGAGCAUGUAAGCAAGGCGAUCAUCGGGAAAAUAAACUUUGCC